AUGGGGCUCAGUGUGCCCCUGUAUGCCCCCACCCCCCUGCAGCCAGUGCACCCCACACCCUUCUACAUCGACGACAUCCUUGGGAGGAAUGCAGCUUCUAAUGGGACAUCAGCCAUGACAGCACCCACCCUGCCCUCUCCUAAUUCAUCCUUCACCAGCCUGGUGGCCACUUACAGGACCCCCAUCUACGAACCUACCCCCAUCCACCCAGCCUUCUCCCACCCUGCAGCCCUGGCAGCGUCCUACGGCAGCAGCACCUUCCAGAGCCCCCUCUACCCCUUCCCGAGACCCAUGGGGGAGUAUGCCCAUGCCCUCAUCAGACACGACACUCUGGGUAAACCUCUUCUGUGGAGCCCCUUCAUUCAGAGACCCCUGCACAAGAGAAAAGGUGGUCAGGUCAGGUUUUCAAAUGACCAAACCAUUGAGCUGGAGAAAAAAUUUGAGUCUCAGAAAUACUUGUCACCACCAGAGAGGAAGAGGUUGGCAAAGAUGCUGCAGCUCAGUGAAAGACAGGUGAAGACCUGGUUCCAGAACCGUAGAGCCAAAUGGAGGCGGCUUAAACAGGAGAACCCCCAGGGAAAUAAGAAAGAAGAAACCGAAAGUCUAGAAAAUGACUGCGAGGAGGGUCAAGAGAACUGUUUGAGUAUUGAGCAGAAAAAUAAGGACUCUUCUUUAGAUGGUUCCCAAUGCUCUCCCUCCCCUAAUUCCCAGGAGAACCUGGACACAGAUAUAUCAGAUGAUUCUGAUGAAGAAGUUGACAUUGAAGGAGACAAAAGCUAUUACAAGUGUACCCAUUGA